GGCUAGGGGCUGCCCCCAGCAUACUCUCCGCGGAGCUCAGGACCUAUGAGAAACCCAGCACCUGGAAAAGCUCGAAGAGGAGAUGACACUGGUAGAGGAGACUAUCCGGACAUUUGAAGGCAGAGCCCUGCCUUCUGAGGAUCCCUGCCCUCUCCACAACAGCUUCUUCAGGUAUGAGGAGGAAAUGGAAGCACAUUCUCAGCCAGUCCCAUCCCAGGUGAUGUUUCAGCCACCUGUGAGCUUCAAGGAUGUGGCUGUGACCUUCACGCGGGAGGAGUGGGGACAGCUGGAUCCAGCCCAGAGGACGCUGUACCGCAACGUGACUCUGGAGACCUGCAGCCACCUAGCCUUCCUGGGGCUUCUGCUUUCGAAACCAGCUGUGAUCUGCUGGCUGGAGCAAGGACAAGACCCAUGGAGGGCAGAGCAUGGACCUCCCAGAGACUGGAAGAAUACACUUGAAAAGGAAGAGUCAGCUUCUAAAGAGGAUACUGCUGUGGAAGAACCAUUCCACAACACAGAAAUGAAAUGCUGCAUACAGGAGGAGGGCCCCUGGUUGGUAACAUUGGGAGGAAGGCAGGAUUGGAGGGACCAGCUAAGGGAGCACGAGGAAGACCCUUUGAGUCAAACGAUACUCACCCCAGAAAGACCGUUUGCUCACGGGAAACAUUGUGAGCCUGACCUUGGGGGAAGUUACCUGAAUUUAAGACUUCUACCUCCAACAUUACCCACAAGAGCACAUUUCCAUACACUUGAGUCACAGGUUAAAAAAUUGAAACAGAAUUCAGUUUUCAUUAAUCAUGAGAAAGGCUGGGCUGAUCUGAAGCCCCAUGAAAAUCACCAAAGUCCUAGCGCCUUCUAUCAGAGCAUUUCCUUGAAUAAAUUUACAAAUGUUGAAAUGAGAAAUAAAAAGCCUUAUGAAUAUACUGUCAGUAGUGACUCUUUCAACUAUGAUACCUCCCUUCAAUACCAUAAUAGAAUUUUUUCAGCAGAGAGCAGCGAUGACUGUACAGACUAUAAAAACAUCAUUAAUCAUAGCAUGUCUAUGAAUGAACACAAACCAAUGCAUUUUAGAGAACUCCAGUAUGAGUGUGACAAAUGCCUUGUACAAACUGUGAUAAGUGGUCCUGAAGAAGCACCAUUUAGAUGUGAGGAGGAAUGUAAUACCUUCCAUGAGGCGUCAUCCUUUACUGACUGUGACAUCAUUCAGACUGGAAAGAAGCCACAUGCAUGUAAUCAAUGUGGAAAAUCUUUCAGCUGUUGCUCUAAGCUUGUUGUACACCAGAGAACACACACUGGAGAAAAGCCCUAUGAAUGUUCUCUGUGUGGGAAGUCUUUCAGCCAGAGCUAUGACCUUGUUGUACACCAGAGAACCCACACUGGAGAGAAGCCCUAUGAAUGUAACCAGUGUGGGAAAUCCUUCACCCAGAGUUCCAAACUUAUUAGGCAUCAGCGAACUCACACCGGAGAAAAACCAUAUAAAUGUCAUGAAUGUGGAAAAUCUUUCAGGUGGAACUCUAACCUCAUUGUACACCAGAGAAUUCAUACUGGAGAGAAACCUUAUGAGUGUGGUCAUUGUGGAAAGUCCUUCAGCCAAAGUUCUGACUUUGUUGCACACAAAAGGACUCACACUGGAGAGAAACCCUAUGAAUGUAACCAGUGUGGAAAGUCCUUCAUUAGAAGCACUCAGCUUAUUAGGCAUCUGCGAAUUCACACUGGAGAGAAACCAUAUAAAUGCAAUCAGUGUGAUAAAGCUUUCACUGGGAGCUCUCACCUUAUUGAGCAUCAGAGAACUCAUACUGGAGAGAAACCUUUUGAAUGUAAUCAGUGUGGGAAAGCCUUUGCUGGGAGCUCUCACCUUCUUUCACAUCAGAGAAUUCAUUCUGGAGAGAAACCAUACGAAUGUAAUGACUGUGGGAAAUCUUUUCGGCAGCGAUCACAGCUUGUUGUGCACCAGCGAACCCAUACUGGAGAGAAACCUUAUGAGUGUAGUCAUUGUGGAAAAGCUUUCAGCCAGAGAUCUCCCCUUAUUGUGCAUCAAAGAACACACAUUGGAGACAAGCCGUAUCAGUGUAACAUGUGUUUUAAAGCCUUCAGUCAGAAGUCACGCCUUAUUGAACAUCAGAGAACACAUACUGGAGAAAAGCCCUAUGAAUGUAUUGACUGUGGGAAAGCCUUUAAUGAUCGGUCAACUCUUACAAAACACGAGAGGACACACACUGGCGAGAAACCCUAUGAAUGUAAUCAUUGUGAAAAGGCCUUUAGUCAGCGAUGUCAACUUACUAGGCAUCAGAGAAUUCAUACUGGAGAAAAACCCUAUGAAUGUAACGAAUGCGGGAAAGUUUUCAGUUAUGUUACAUCCCUUAUUCAACAUGAAAAAAUUCAUGGGAGAGAAACUCUGAAUAAUCAAGAUGGAAAAGCUCACUGCAAAACCUUUAUUAGACAUCAGGUGACCAAGGUAUGA